AUGGAGCAUGUCAUCAACGCUUGUAAACUAGCAAACGCCCAUGACUUCAUUGAGGAAUUGCCGGAGGGUUACAACACCGAAAUUGGGGAGAGGGCAAGUAUGCUUUCAGGGGGACAAAAACAACGCAUCGCUAUUGCUCGGAGUAUAAUUUCCAAUCCGAAAGUCCUACUCCUUGACGAGGCAACGAGUGCUCUGGACCCACACGCGGAGAAAGCUGUUCAGAGAGCGAUUGACCAAGUCUCCGAACACCGUACUACCAUCGUUAUAGCCCAUAAGCUUGCUACUAUCAGGAAUGCGGAUAAUAUUGUCGUCAUGUCAGCUGGCAAGGUUGUUGAACAAGGGACUCAUGAUGAAUUGGUCGCUGCAGGUGGUGCGUAUGCACAUCUUGUUCGUGCUCAGGAUCUUGGCGGCAAAGUAGAUGAGGACCCAGGAGAAGACAGCCUUGGAGUUGCCGAAUCUACUACCCCAAUGAAGGGCGGUGUCUCAUUGCUCCGAUCAACGACUACGAGAUCUGCUGUGGGACCUACGGAAGCUACCGUGGACGGAUCCGAGCGCCCACUGUAUGAGAUGAAGCACAGUCUGUUAAAAUGCUUGUACAUAUUUUUGAAAGAGCAAAAGGGGAUAAAGUUUCAAUACAUUCUUGUCGUGAUUUCUUGUAUCGCGGGUGGUUUAACGUAUCCUGCCCAGGCAGUUCUUUUCUCGCGCCUUGUUUCGGUAUUCACACUUCAAGGCUCUGCUAUGCUAGAGAGAGGAGACUUCUUCUCUCUCAUGUUUUUUAUGGUCGCAAUUGGAAACUUUAUCGCUUAUUUCCUGCUUGGAUAUGUUUCAAACCGUAUUGCCCAGGUGGUUAACCACCGAUUUCGUUUAGAAAUUUUCGAAACAAUCCUCCGGCAGGAUAUGGAAUUCUUCGACAAGCCAGAGAAUGCUGUUGGUUCUCUAACCUCCAACUUGACCACCAAACCAACGCAACUCCAGGAGCUCUUGGGGUUUAACAUGCCCCUAAUGAUAAUCGUAAUCGUUAAUUUGGCUUCAAGUUGUAUCCUUGCACUCAUUGUGGGAUGGAAACUGGGACUGGUUACCAUAUUUGGUGGCUUGCCACCUUUGCUUAUCUGCGGGUAUCUUCGCAUCCGACUUGAAAUGAAAUUCGAAUCGCUCACGGGGGAUCGGUUUGCGAAAAGUGCAGCACUUGCAAGCGAAGCCGUCUCAUCUAUCAGAACGGUGGCAUCAUUGGCACUCGAAAAUUAUAUUCUCGCUAAGUAUCAUGGCAGUAUGAAUGGCAUUGUUAAGCACUCCAUACGGAACGUGGUAUGGACAAUGCUUUGGUAUAGUCUGGCGCAAUCGAUUGAAUUCCUUGUCAUGUGUCUUGGAUUCUGGUAUGGUUGCCGCCUUGUAUCUUUCGGGGAAUAUUCUUUAAACCAGUUGUUCAUUGUCUUCGUCGGAGUUGUUUUCAGCGGGCAAGCGGCCGCUCAGUUUUUCUCAUACACAACCAGUAUAACCAACGCCCACAUCGCGGGGAAUUACAUACUUUGGCUCCGGAGCCUUAAACCUCAAAUCCAAGCUCAUGAUGAUUCAGCCGAUCCGGAUAUCGAAAAGAAGCCUGAUGGUGACGGUUUGCUUACAUUAGAAGACCUCGAAUUUGCUUAUCCGCAACGCCCAAACGCACGUGUCCUUCGCGGAAUAAACGUCACUAUAAAACCAAACUCUUUUGCUGCAUUUGUCGGGGCAUCCGGCUGUGGUAAAUCUACCAUAAUCUCCCUUCUAGAACGCUUUUAUGACCCCAGUUCUGGUUGCAUCAAAUUCGACGAGAACGACAUCUCCAAGUUAUGCCCUCGAGAAUACCGUCGGCGAGUCGCGCUCGUUCAACAGGAGCCGACUCUGUAUCAGGGCAGCAUCCGCGACAAUAUCGCAAUGGGCUUAGAAACAGAAGCUACACAGGAACAGAUCGAGGAGGCGGCCCGCCAGUCAAAUGUAUUCACGUUCAUCUCUUCCCUCCCUGACGGUUUCAACACCCUCUGUGGCUCACGCGGUACGCAAAUGUCCGGCGGCCAGAGACAGCGUAUCGCGAUUGCUCGCGCGCUGAUUCGCGCGCCGAAACUGCUCCUACUUGAUGAAGCGACGUCUGCUCUUGAUACAGAUUCAGAAAAGGUGGUUCAGGAGGCCUUGGAAAAGGCGUCAUCCGGUAGGACGACGGUGGCGGUUGCGCAUCGUCUGUCUACGAUUAAAAACGCCUCAGUGAUUUUUGUAUUUGGACGAGGGAAGGUUUUGGAAUCUGGGACGCACGCGCAGCUAUUGGCUAAAAAGGGGAUUUACUAUGAGAUGUGUUUGGCACAGUCAUUAGACCAGAAGGUUCCGCACAAGGAGGGAUAA